AUGAAGUUUUCUACUGUCGCACUCGCUGGUGCAGCUACGGGUCUUGCCCACUCCACUCUCACUGAGCGCGCAGACAUCACUGAUGCCGAUAUUCUGAACUACGCCCUGACCCUGGAGCAUCUCGAAGCUGCCUUCUAUCAAGAGGGUCUCAAGAACUACACCCAUGGCGACUUCCAGAAGGCUGGCAUGCAUGAUCCUUUCUAUGUGAACCUGAAGGAGACCGCCAGCGAUGAGCAGCAACACGCUCAGUUCCUGACCAAGGCUCUCAAGGCCGCCGGGGCAAAACCCGUCGAGGCCUGUACCUAUGCUUUCCCUGCCACCGAUGUCAACACAUUCCUUGCGCUCGGUAAUAUCCUUGAGGGUGUCGGAGUCAGUGCCUACUUGGGCGCUGCUGCCAGCAUUAUGAACAAAACCUAUCUCACUGCUGCUGGCAGUAUCCUGACCACCGAGGCCCGCCACAGUGCUUAUCUACGUGCUGCUCUUGGUGAGGCUCCCGCUGCUCAAGCCUUCGAUAACCCCCUCGACUUUAAUGAGGUUUACACCCUUGCUUCUAUGUUCAUUGUAUCUUGCCCCGAGAGCAAUGGCAAGCUGCCUGUUAAGGCCUUCCCUGCCUUGACCAUGCCCUCUAUGGCCCCCGCCACAACUGGCUCUAAAGUAGAGCUGAUGGUCGUUGAUGGUGUGUCUAUGGACACUAAGAAUGUCUACGCCGCUUUUAUCACCGUCACUGGUCCUGUCUGGGCUCCUCUAGAGUCCACUGGCGAUGGAAAUUUCGAAGUCACCAUCCCAGAGGGCGUUACUGGUCAGAGCUACGUGGUUCUGACUAAAGGCAAUAAGCAAGCUUCAGAUGACAACAUUCUUGCUGGCCCUGCUAUUGUUGGGCAGCCCAAUGGACCUAUGGGAGUGGGCUCGCAGUGCAGUGGCCGCGGCUCUGGUUCUAUGCCCUCUAUGACCUCUAUGUCAGUCUGGUCAUCUAUGGCCAUGCCAAUGCCCACUGCGUCUAUGACCAUUUCCUCGGGGUCUAUGCCCUCUAUGUCUGCAUCCGCCUCUGCCUCCUCUACUCCCGUCUUUAAUGGGGCAAAUGGAAAGAGCAUGAGCGGCAUUGCCAGUGUUUUCGGGGCUCUGGCUGCUGUCGCUGCCUUUUUGCAGUAA